UUUGUUCUUUUAGCCUUCGGACGCGGCGGUGCAGGUAUCGGGACGCAACUUUUCCCGCGCUUUCUUGUCAACACACUUUUGGCGGGACUCGCGGCGCCUGGCACCCUCCCCUUAUUAUUGAGCCUCCAUUACAUUACCGGUUUCCAAGAACAAGUAGAUCAGCAGGAUGUCUUCCCCGGGCCGCCGCAGCACACGCAGCACCCCCAGCAAGCGCAGCGACACCAGCGACCCCCAGCCCCUGCCCCCCUCCUCACCUGGCUCGGAGCUCCUCCCGGCCACAUCACCCGCCCCCACACCUGCCCGCCUACACCCUGCCCUGAGUGAAGUGGACCUCAGCUCACCCCUCAACUAUGGCACCCCAAGCAGCGUGGGCUCCUCGGUGCGCACGCCUCGCUCCGGCGUCCGUGGCACUCCCAUCCGCCACCGCUCAGACAUCCGCUCUGAUCGACGCAUGAGACAGGUCAACCUGUCCACGGACCCCGCCAGUGAGGCCAAUGCUGAGGGGGUGGCCGGCACAGCUCCCCUGGGCGGGUCGGCACAGACGGAUGAGCCUCAGGCGGGUCAGCUGGUGAUCUGGGGGACGGACGUGGUGGUGUCGGAGUGCAAGGACAAGUUCAAGGCCUUUGUGCAGACUUUUGUUGACCCCGACGCUGAGGAUGACGAGCGCUGCGAAGGGAUGAACGCCAAUGAGCCCCUCUACCUGCAAAAGCUGGAGGAGAUCCACACCCUGGAGGAGCCCUUCAUGAACGUCAACUGUGCCCACCUCCACCAGUUUGACAACGACCUGUACCGCCAGCUGAUCUGCUACCCACAGGAAGUCAUCCCCAGCCUGGACAUGGCGAUCAAUGAAAUGUUCUUUGAGCGUUACCCGGACACCAUCCUGGAGCACCAGAUCCAGGUGCGGCCCUUCAAUGCUGAGAAGACCAAGAACAUGCGCGGCCUCAACCCAGAAGAGAUCGACCAGCUCAUCACCAUCUCUGGCAUGGUGAUCCGCACAUCCAACCUCAUCCCGGAGAUGCAGGCGGCCUUCUUCCGCUGCCACGUGUGCGCCUACACCACCACCGUUGAGAUUGACCGCGGCCGCAUCGCCGAGCCAAACCUCUGCAACUUCUGCAACACCUCCCACUCCUUCACCCUCAUCCACAACAGGUCCAGAUUCUCCGACAAGCAGAUGGUGAAGCUGCAGGAGAGCCCAGAUGACAUGCCGGCUGGCCAGACUCCACACAACAUCAUAGUCUAUGCCCACAAUGACCUGGUAGACAAGGUUCAGCCGGGCGACCGUGUGACCGUGACCGGGAUCUACCGUGCCGUGCCGCUGCGUCUCAACCCCAGGGUGCGGAACCUCAAGAGUGUGUACAAGACUCACAUCGAUGUUGUCCACUUCCGCAAGAUUGACAACAAGCGACUGCACGGCCAGGAGGAAGGAGAGACGCCGCGGUUCACCCCCGAGCGCAUUGAGGUGCUACAGGUGCUCUCCAAGAAGCCUGACGUGUAUGAGCGCCUUGCCCGGGCCAUCGCUCCCUCCAUCUACGAGAAUGAGGACAUCAAGAAAGGCAUCCUCCUGCAGCUGUUUGGAGGCACGCGCAAGGACUUCACUGAGGCCGGCCGUGGGCACUUUAGGUCUGAGGUCAACAUUCUGCUCUGUGGUGACCCCGGUACAUCCAAGUCUCAGCUGCUGCAGUAUGUGUAUAACCUCGUCCCGCGCUCCCAGUACACCAGCGGCAAGGGAUCCUCCGCCGUGGGCCUCACCGCCUACAUCACCCGUGACCCUGAGACCCGCCAGAUGGUGCUGCAGACGGGCGCGCUGGUGCUGGCCGACAACGGAAUCUGCUGCAUUGACGAGUUUGACAAGAUGAACGAUUCAACCAGGUCGGUGCUGCAUGAGGUGAUGGAGCAACAGACCCUCAGCAUCGCCAAGGCCGGGAUCAUCUGCCAGCUCAACGCCCGCACCUCCGUCCUCGCCGCCGCCAACCCCCUCGAGUCACAGUGGAACAAGAACAAGACCAUCAUCGAGAACAUCCAGCUGCCCCACACCCUCAUGUCUCGUUUUGACCUCAUCUUCCUCAUCCUGGACCCCCAAGACGAGCUGUAUGACCGCCGCCUUGCCCGCCAUCUCGUCACGCUGUACCACCAGGAGCAGAGCGUCAGUGAGGAGGAGCAGGUAGACAUGGGCAUCCUUAGGGACUACCUCGCCUACGCCAGAGAGUACGUCCACCCCAGGCUGUCCGAGAACGCAUCCCAGCGCCUCAUCUCGGCAUACGUGGACAUGCGCAAGGUUGGGAGCGGUCGGGGCCAGGUGACCGCCUACCCCCGCCAGCUGGAGUCCCUCAUUCGUCUGGCGGAGGCCCACGCCAAAGUGAGGCUGUCCAAUGAGGUGGAGGUGGCGGAUGUGGAGGAGGCAUGGAGGCUGCACCGCGAGGCCCUCAAGCAGUCCGCCACCGACCCGCUGUCCGGCAAGAUCGACAUCAGCAUCCUCACCACCGGCCUGAGCUCAGCGGCGCGCAAGAGGCGAGUGGAGCUGGCCCAGGCGCUGCGUAAGCUGAUCCAGGCCAAGGGACGGGUGCACACGCUGAACUUCCAGAAGGUGUUCCAGGAGAUGAAGGAGAACUCAGACCUGAUGGUUACGCGUGAGAUGUUUGAGGACGCGCUGAGGGACCUGCAGGACGACGAGUACCUCACCGUCACCGGCAAGUCCACCAUCAGGAUCCUGCACUAACCUGACACAGCCGCGCACACACAUGGAAGACGGAGAACAUUACCCACCUAUUUUCUACCGAUGAUGUGCAGACAGAGAAGAGAGAAGUGAAUAACGUUAGGAAAGGUUUUGAUCCUCUUUAUGCUACAGUGAACUACUAAUAAGGGCAGAGAGACAGAUUCAAACGUUUAGAUGGAAUUAGAACCUUUACCAGGGCGGGAUGGAGCACACUAACACCAGAGCCAUUACCACCUUCUCUACUGAUGCUGAUUCUUCAAUUUCUGGCUAAAUGCACACACAGCUACUAGCCUUUUAUACUUAGGGAAACUUCAUCUGUGUUAAUAGUUUGGUGUUUUUGUUUUGUUUUAUCUUGAGUUUUAGUUGUCUCUACGCUAGAAGGAAAGUAUAUGUCUGUACUGCCAAGGUGAUAGUGUAGGAGGGCGGUGUUAUGUGCUUUCCCUAUUGUUUCCUGUGCUAUGGGAUUUUGAUGGAGCAAUUUACCGUAAGGGUCUCUCUCUCUCUCUCUCUCUCUCUCUCUCUCUCUCUCUCUCUCUCUCUCUCUCUCUCUCUCUCUCUCUCUC